AUGGAGCUGGCUCGUGAGUUCGCGACAUGGUCAACGGCCUUGGAAAAGACGGCUUCAUGGCUGGAAGAGGGUGAAAGGAAGAAUAAUGAACGAUUUCAUGACCAAUUUGCGCAUGCUAAGAACAUCUUUGCUGAUCUCAGCCAAAAAUUCGCUGAUUUUAAACAUCCGAAAGCGUUUGAGGAAAAACUCGAAAGGACUAUUCAUAAACUUAGUGACAUAGAGAAUUCCUUAGACGACAUGACAGGAAUCGAAGCAAUUUUCUGCGCUGACGCAUUGACGGAAGCGAAAUCUUUAGUGAAGAAAUUGAUUGCUAUAGAAGAA